AUUUUUUUCUGUUAUCGCUGAAGUACCCUUGUCAAACCGGACGAUAAGAGGGGGAUUACUAAUAUUCCGGGCACGAGCCAGGUACACCAGCAGAUCGCAUAUGCACGUCUAAAGUCAGGGCCUCAGUUCGCAUUGUUGCGAAAACUCACCCUCUUUAUUCCAUUUACGCCUUCACCUUUUGAUCCUCGCAGUUUCCAAUCCUUUUUCCUUUCCGCACGUCAAUCUUCCAAUAACGGUUUUUGCUACUCGCGACACUGCGCCUACUCUGCUAGUUGAUUCUUUCAGGCGCGCGACGCUUGCAAAUAUGGAUGGAAUGGAUUAUGACCCGAUGGUGAUGGAUGGGGAGCCAGAGCAGCCCCAAGUGAAGAUCUCUGCGGCCGAUCACACCCACGUCGAUUUCGAGCUAUCAAAGACGAACCUUGCUUUCGCCAAUGCCGUGCGGCGAAUUAUCCAGGCAGAAGUGCCCACGAUCGCCAUUGACCUGGUCGAGAUCGAGACCAACAGCUCCGUGCUGGCCGACGAGUUCAUCGCCCACCGCCUGGGCCUGAUUCCUCUCGACUCAAAAGGAGUUGACGAGCUCAACUACUCACGAGACUGCGACUGCGAGCAGUACUGCGAACAAUGCAGUGUCACUCUGACACUGCACGCGAAGUGCACGUCCGACGAAAUUAUGAAGGUGUAUGCGCGGGAUCUGGUGGUGGAUGGUCGUCAUAUGAAUGGAGUGGGAAGCCCAGUGAUCACAGAUCCAGAGGGUUACGGCUGCUUGAUCGCGAAACUGCGCAAGGGCCAAGAGUUGAAGAUUAGCUGCAUUGCCAAGAAGGGAAUCGCAAAGGAGCACGCCAAGUGGAUGCCUACAUCUGCGGUCGGCUUUGAGUAUGAUCCUCAUAACAAGCUGCACCAUAUUGACUGGUGGUUUGAAAACGACACAGACCCUGCUGUUGAAUGGCCCAAGAGCAAAUAUGCUGAGUGGGAAGAGCCUCCUCAAGAAGGCGAACCCUUUGAUUACGAUGCAGUUCCAAACAGGUUCUACUUCGAGGUUGAAACAUCAGGGAGCAUGGAACCCGACCAAAUCGUGCAAAACGGUAUCAGAGUUUUGCAACAAAAGAUCGGUGGUCUUCUCAAGGGCCUAGACCCGAGGAAGUAUGGCGGUGACGAAGCUGAGUUCGAUGGUCCUCGAAGUCCUGAUAUGAACAUGGACGGCGGUACCACACCUUGGCAGGAUGGAGGGUACACUACGCCUUAUGGUGGUGGCGGCGGCCAGACGGCGUACGGAGGUGGCAUGACAGCCUACGGAACAACACCGUACGGAGGAUCCUCUUGGCAGUAAGGAACAGAGGCGUUUGAUGGGUUAGGCAAUUCGUAAUCAAGAAAGGUUUGGAGGUAUAAACAGGAGGUGAUCUGGAAACUAGUAACAGUCUCGAAAAAAAAACAGCAUAGCACGGUCUUAGAAUGGGAUCUUUUUUUCAGGAGACAAAUCAUGGUACGACGUAUACAUUUUAGUGCUCUGAACGACAAUGCUAACUUCUAUACCCGCCCCUGUCCUCUUCUAUGCUGAGUGUGUUUUACAAAACAGGUUCCCACACAAGAAGCUCGUGUAAGAGAUCUUGAGUAACAAAGCAGUAACGCCAACAGGAUGAUCACCGCUCUUGAGUGACGAAACGACGAAACGACAACGCCAAAACAUGCCCAUCUUCCUGGUCUAUCAUGUCAUGUCAAGUCUACAGGUUAGUAUCCAACCCCUUAACCUUGCGGUAGGCCUUUCGGUGCAUCUCUAGGAAGACAAAUGUACAAAUAGUUUGUCUGCGAAAGCGUUAGGUGGGAUUUGAUACAGAGAAAGGAGGUACGUACGGUCCGAGUCGGAGGAAGCUGGGGACCCAGCCUUUAAACAUCCACAUAAGACCGUCAGUUCGGUGAAUGUCGCGAAUCAGGUGCAGGAUGUUGUGAUCAUAUGCUGAAGACAUAACACGAGUCUUGAUAACGUCGAUAGGGCUUGUUACAGUAGCAGCGACCAGACCAGCAAUGAAAGAAGAAGUAAAGUGAGUCUUGAGGUUAUCCUCCAUGGGCGUAUACUGGAGAAGCAAACUCUUCGAGACAUCAUAACUGGCAAGCUGACCAGCAGUCAUGAACAUGGCACGGCCACUGUUGGGCAACCAUCCACGGAACAUGCUCUUAGGCCCUUCCUCACGCGCCAUACGAACCAUACCGUCAAAAGCAUGACGGUAGUUUCGGCGCUC